AUGGGCAUAGUAUAUAGUCAACUUAUUGGUCAAGGAAUACCAUGUACAAAUGAAGGUGCAAAAAUUAACCUGGCAGAUGUAACACGUGGUUUGGUCACGUCACCUUGCUAUCAUUGCAUAUGUAUGAAUAGUGUCAUAACAUGUGUAUUAGAGAAAUGUGAAUCACUGAAGAAUUGUCCUACAGUAUGGGAUCGUAAUAAUAACACUUGCUGUAUGAAAUGUUUGGAUUGUAUUCAUAUGGGUAUCAAACGAAACAAUAAUCAAAUUUGGACAAGUGCGCAAGAUAUAUGCACGCAAAUCUCAUGCAAAGCUGGUGUUAUAACAAGUUGGCGGAUCCAAUGUCUAACAAAUUGCUCAAAUGGACGUUUAUUGGCUGGAUUUUGUUGUGGAUUAUGCUUAACGCCAAUAAAAGUCCAGGAUCAAUGUGUUCGAUGUGAUCUGGUAUUAAAUCAAUGGUACCAUUGUUAUCGUUUUACUUGUCCAGUACUGAAUUGUCCAAUAUCUCAACAUACGAAACAUCCGAAGAGAUGUUGUCCGGAAUGCAAAAGUCAUAGUGUUAUUUCGGAAAGCUCAAAUCUAACAGUAUCAAAUGGUUCGCAUUGCUUCUUUCGUGGAUGGCGUUAUAUAGUGCACGAUACAUUCCGUAUAGAUCCAUGCUCACGUUGCUCUUGUCAACCAGGUGGCAUUGUCUGUAGAAGAUUCGUUUGUCCACUCAAAGAAUGUGAUAUAUCGCAUAUGUUUUACAAACCCAAUGUUUGUUGUCCCUUUUGCUAUAGGAAAGAAAAUCCGUGCAAAAAAACUGAAAUCAAUGGAAGUGAAACGAUAGUAGAGCAUGGUACAAGAUGGACAUUGGAUAAUAACUGUUCUAACUGCAUAUGCGCUAAUGGAUAUAUAAAAUGUAAGAAAAUGAACUGUCCAUGGGAAGGAAAAUGUCCCCAAGGACGACAUUUCAAAAAAGUGAAUGGAUCAUGCUGUCAUGAAUGUGAGCUAAAGGAAGGUUCAUGUACUAUAUUCGGUGAUCCACAUUAUUUAACAUUCGACAAAUUUGGCUAUUCAUUUCAAGGGAUGUGUAGUUACAUUCUUACGCAAGAAUGCUCACUGAAUGGGAUUGAUCCACAGUUCAAAAUAAUUGGUGUAAACGGUGGAAGAUCAUCGUUAACGUGGACAAAACGUGUAAUUAUUGCCAUCUCACUUUUCAAUGGAAGUUUCUUUACUAUGCAUUUAUUACCAAAAAAGGUUAUACGUGAACGUACGAAGAUAAUCAGCAUUCCGUAUGUUCGCUAUAGUGAUUGGCCAGAAUAUCGAGCUUUCGAGGAUCCUACUACCGGAAACAUUGUUGUUUCAUUCAAACUGAUCGGUUUAAAAGUAAUUUGGGACGGGAAAUCAUUUGUUGAAAUCGUCCUCACCAAACGACAUCAGUCCAAAGUUUGUGGCUUAUGUGGUAACUUCAACGGUGAUCCCAGUGAUGAUCUGAUGUCUCGUUCUACAAGUUCAUCAAGUCACUCCGUAUCACAUUUUGCCCAAUCGUGGGCCUAUAAUAUUGCAUGCACACAGCGUCAAUACGUUAAUAUUGUAAGAUUUACAUAA